AUGAAGUUGGAGGGGAACACUUGCCAGCCAUGUAGCAAUGUGACUUUUGGCAAAGACUGUCGUCUAAGCUGUUCCUGUCAAGUCAGCAGUACAAAGUCUUGUGAUGUCACCACUGGUGGAUGUGUCUGUUCAGAAGGAUGGACUUCUUCAGACUGUUCCAGGGACAUCAAUGAAUGCACUGAGCUUCUAGGCAGAGUCUGCCAGAGCCCAGAUAAGCAGUGUUUCAACAGACCUGGAGGGUAUGACUGCAUUGAUAAACCAAAACCAAUUGUGCAAACCCCUAAAGAAUGCAUAUUCACCUUCACAAACUCAUCAGGAAUAAUACAAUCUCCCAAUUAUCCACAAAGGUAUUCUGACACCACCAGUUGCUCUUGGACUAUCAAAGCAGAGAGUGGGAAAACCAUUUCCUUAAGAAUUUCUAGCAUAGACAUUUCAUCUUCUGACACUUACCGAGUUUGGUGUUACUAUGGUGCUUUAGGUAUUUAUGAUGGUAGCAAUUCUACUGCCAAACUUCUUGGUCGAUUCUGUGGCUACUAUAAUACGUAUCCACGCAGUAUUCAGUCCUCAGAUAGCACCAUGUUUCUUGUUUUCAACACACCUGGGAGAUGGUCGGGAUCUUAUUCAGUGAAUGAUUACCAAGUUUCCAGGUACGAUCUGACAGUUGCCUCUGGUGAUGUUACAAGCCCACAGUACCCAACAGGCUCUUCCAGCAAUGUCUAUGUCACUUGGACCAUUACAGUUGCAGCAGGAAACUUAGUGACUCUCAAUUUCGCAGACUAUGGCCUCGGGGAAUGCGGAAAGGACUACAUAGAGGUCUUUGAUGGUAAACAUUCUGGAUGUAAUCUAAUUGCAAGAUUUUGUGACAGCCAGCAGCCUAAAACAGUGACUUCUACAGAAAGGUCGAUGCAUAUUAUCUACAGCUCUCUAGGAAACACAGCUGAAAAGGGAUUUAAAGCAAGCUACGUUACAGAUGCUUGUAAAUGUUACAAGCCUCAAACACAGUCGUGCAGCUCUCCAACAGGCCCAUGUGUAUGUAAUCCUGGAUAUAAUGGGAUUGAUUGUAGUAAUGAUGUUAAUGAAUGUUUACAAAAUCCUUGUCCCGCUCACUCAAGGUGUAUUAACUCUUUUGGGUCCUUUUAUUGCUACUGUUGGAAUGGGACCCGAGUUGAAGCUACAGCAACCUGUGAUG